GGGAAAAGUAGCAGCGAAUCAAGAAAACCUCCCCGAAAGAACCCACGAUCCAAUUCAUCAAACACCCAGAAGAGAAGCCCCCCAAGAUUCACCACCAAGAUCGGACUUGACUGCACUGUCUCCAGAGCUUUCGUCAGCGACCCAGAACAGCAGAAUCGAACCCUUUUUCUUCUUUCGUUCUUGUCGGGGUCUUCUACCGCCAUGGGCGACAGAGAAGAAGAACCGCCAGCAUCCCCGACCUCGGCAGCACAGCAAGCACCGUCCUCGUACCCUCUGAUUCUCAAGAUCAUGAGCAAGCGGCGGACUUGGGCGUGCCUCUUCGUGCUCGUGUAUGCCGCCCUCUUGUCCUCCACGUGGAACUCCCUCAAGUCCAUCCUGUCCUGGUACAAGUUGCAGGCCCACCAACACCCGUCGUCUGGGUGGCCCGCGCUGUACGCGUCGGUGCUCCUCGGCGCGGUCUUCGGGGUCCUCUCGAUGGUCGCCGCCCUCGCCGUCGUCGUCCCGGCGACGCUGGUGACGUGGAUCACGGUGGUGGUGUUGCUGGCCUUCUUCGGGAAGCCCAAGAGGGCUCUGGUCCUCGAAGGGAGGAAGAUAACGAAGGAGAUCGUUGGGCUGGUGUGCAAGGUUCUGCUCAAGGAAGGGAAUGUUGUGGCUGCAGUUUGUGCUGUUCUUGGGUACUUCGCUCUUGUCAAAAGGAACGCUGAGGGUGUCUAAUGUGAUAGAAUUCGAGCUAUAACAUUCAGAUUUGCGGAUUUUUCAUUUUCUUGGGAAGAGAUUAGGGAUUUGGGGGUUCUUGGUGAGAGAGAACUGGUAAAGUUCACUUUUUUUUGUUUGGGUCUUCUUUGUGACGAGUUCUUGUUUUCAACUUUUCCUUUCU